AUGCUGUGGAUGUCGCAUGCUGGAACUGCAUGCCGCGUGCAUUGCAGUGUCGCAGGGAUUCAAGUCUUGCGACAAGUGACAGGUGGGCUGACAGACACACUGUCUCCGUCAGCGCAAACAUUGACUCGAGCAUUGCUGGAGGCGGAUCUUUCAAAGAGGCUUCCCGUUCAGGGAACGGCAAAGCACGAGUUCUUCGAGGGCCUGGACGUCUUCACCUUGUACAGGAGGCCACGUGGACCCGAGCUGCCAGAAAUCCAACCGAGGGGUCCCAAGGAUCCAGGCGGUGACGAGCGAUGGAACCGCAGGAAGUUCUCCAUGAUAUGGACGGUGAUGCCAUCUGCACAGGACCCACACAAGCAAGAUGCAGCCUCAACAGACAUGUUGAUCGCACAGUCGAGUGACAGAGCAACUGCGUCAUUUUCCACCAGGCUGCUGGCCUCGAAGUUCAGUUUCAGUCUCAAGCUCGCACGGGAUAAGUUAGAAGGGAAAGCCACCCCGUUCUGGCAGAGGCGAAAAUGUACCCGAUUUUUGUCCGGGUUGGGAGGUGCAGCCUCGCAAAUUCCAGCUGCAAAAGCCAGCAAGCCAGACGCAGAAGCCCAAUUUGUUUCUUAG